GGAACCGAUAAUGGAAUCAAUUUACAAUUAGAUCAGAUUGUUGAUAAAUUUGGACUUUAUCUGAUUGAUUUUUCCACCAACAAAUCUUGCGAUAUCAAUAGUUACAUUUACCGUCUCUGUGUUGAGGCUUGUAAAGUAUCACAAGAAAAUCCUAGACAAAUACAAGCUUUAACUCAAUCUAAAAGUAAACACUCAUUGAUCAUAUUUGAUGGUCUUAAUUGUUUCAAUUACAUUCAAUUUAAAACUCUACUACCAGAUGAUAGUAUCAUGGAUAAUAUAUCAAUAGUUCAUGAGGCUGAUCCUUUCAAUUUAUUAGUUACAAUUUAUCGCUAUUUCUCAGAACAAGCAGCUCUUAAUGUCCAUCUUAAAUUGGUCAUAAUCUAUUGUGAUGAUGUUUACAUAGCUGAUUUAAUGCAAUUUCUAAUUAGACGAAAAUUAAGUCUCCAUGUUAUCCUGAUUUCGUAUAAUGUUUCAAGUAUUUAUUCAAAAGGUUUUUACCAUGGGGAAGUUCAGACAAUUGAAUUUCUGACAAUCGAUUCAACCAGUGAAAAUAUUUGUGUCAAGAAAACAUUCAAAGGAAAAGUUAAAGCAGUAGCCAGUUUUAAUAAUCCAAUUGUCCAUCACAGGAAAACAAUCAGUAAUGUUAAACUAAUUUAAACGAACAAGAAAGAAGGAAACAAAAUUAGAAUCAACAAAUUGUUUCAUUCCAAUAUCAUCAUAACUCCCGCCAAAGAAAAAAAAAUGUUUCUAACAUUCAACCCUCGAAGUUGUUUAUUGUUGCUUGAUUCAAUUUAGACACUUGAAAGAUACACAAACAAUUUACCACUCAUUUCUUAAUUGUGGUAAUCACUGUACCUCAUCAAUCUAUCAGCACAAUCAAUUAAUCUCCUGAUUGACAUUAUCCACGUUGUAUAUUAACUCAUCAUUUCAUCAACCUAAAUACUAUCAAAGCAGAUCAGCUGAUUGUAUUUUGCUUUUUUCUUCAAGUUUAGACUAAGGACAUUUCAUCAUCUUUUUUCAUUCUAAUUUUUGUAAUCUUUGUUCAUUUCCUUUUCUAUCUAAUCAAUUCUUUAUUCAGUGUGACCAAUUAAGUCAAUUUGUGGAGAUCAAUUAUGUUACGAACUACAUGUUGUUUAAUUACUGGCGCUAAUCGUGGUAUUGGUCUGGAAUUUGUUAGACAGAUAAUUAAUCUUAAUCCAAAGCCAAUAAAUGUUAUUGCUACUUGUCGUAAUCCCGAUAAAGCCGAGGAAUUAAGGAAACUCAAAUCAUCUUCAACUAAUCUUCAUAUUGUUCAACUUGAUGUUAGAGAUUUUCCCAAUUACGAUAAAUUUUAUUCUCAGGUCAACUCAAUUGUCGGCUCAAAUGGAUUGGAUUUAUUGAUCAACAAUGCAGGAAUUGCACAAUUUAAAACUCUUAAUCAAGUUACUCCCACUGAUAUGUUGGAAAGCUACGAGGUUAAUACAGUCGCACCCUUGCUGCUCACGAAGACAUUUUUACCUUUACUCAAAUCAUCAGGUAAAGAUGAAGGAUCGACCAAAUUAAUUGUCAACAUGGGAACAACGGUAGCAAGUAUCGAGCAAAACAAUCAGGGCGGAAUGUACCCUUACCGUGCAAGUAAAGUGGCCUUAAACAUGAUCUCCCGAAGUGUCGCAACCGACCUGGCCAAAGAGGGAAUCCUUUGUGUCUCCAUAAACCCAGGGUGGGUCAAGACGGACAUGGGUGGGAAAAAGGCUCCAAUGGCUGUUGACCAAAGUGUCACCAAAAUGUUGAAAACUUUGUCACUCGUUGAUAAAAAUUCAAAUGGUAAAAUGAUUAACUUUGAUGGUAAAAUAAUUCCCUGGUAAACAAAUUAAAUCAUUCAUUCUUGAUGAUGAUUAUCAUAACUAUUUUGCCCUUCAUCUGGAAAUUAGUUAAUUAGUGCGUAUUAGUUUCAUCGCUUACAAUAAAUCAACUUUGUUUUUUU